UCCUCAGGGCCGCGCGUUUUUUCCUUCCCCUUUCCAUUUCUUUUCCACCUCCCCCAAGAGCCGCCCUCUUCUUCUUUCCCCCUCUGCCCUCCUUUAUCACUCAUAGCUUUUAGUUUGGAACAGGGUUUUCUUUCUUUCUCCCCCCUGUUUCUCCUAGGUUUUGGAUUUUCUUGGGCUUGAAGCAGAAGCCUCCUCCUUCAUCCAUCUUCUUUGGGGAUUUAUUAUUAUUACUAUUAUUAUUACUGUUAGAUCAAGUCCUGUUUUUUCCCCCUUGGGGUGGAGGAUUUCAGAGAACUGGACUGCUUAUUUGGAAGAAAGAAACUCCCCAAAAAGGACCCCCGACAAGUCAUGUGAAACAGGGACUGCUUUUGGGAUCUGCAUUUGGCAUGGGCAACCUUUCUCAAACUUGGAGGAGGAGAAGAGAAGUAACUAGAGGAGAAAAGUUCCAGGUUCCCUUCCUGAAAAGACCUCAAGUGUGAGAAGGAGAGGAACAGUCUCCUUCUUCCAGCAGUUAUGCCUUUUGGAUUGAAAUUGCGCAGGACCCGGCGCUACAAUGUCCGAAGCAAGAACUGUUUCAUGACACGGAUUCGCUUACUUGACAACAAUGUGAUUGAGUGCACACUUUCAGUGGAGAGCACUGGGCAGGAAUGCCUGGAGGCCGUGGCUCAGAGGCUGGAAUUACGAGAGACACACUAUUUUGGCCUUUGGUUUCACAGCAAGAGCCAGCAAGUGCGAUGGGUGGAACUGGAGAAACCACUCAAAAAGCAGCUGGACAAGUUUGCCAGUGAGCCUCUACUUUUCUUUGGGGUCAUGUUCUACGUGCCCAGUGUUGCUCAUCUGCAGCAAGAGGUCACAAGGUAUCAGUAUUACCUGCAGGUGAAAAAGGAUGUUCUUGAUGGACGACUGCGAUCUUCGUUUGAGCAAGGGAUAAGGUUAGCUGCACUGGCAGUUCAAGCUGAUUUUGGGGACUACCAUCAGUUUGAAUCCCAUGAUUUUCUCCGGGAAUAUGUUUUGUUUCCUGUGGAUUUGACCCAAGAUGAAGCAGUCCUUGAGGAACUGACUCAGAAAGUAGCUCAGGAACACAAAAAUCAAAGUGGUAUCUCUGCAGCAGAAGCGGAAUUUCUUUACAUCAGUGAAGUGGAACGACUAGAUGGGUUUGGGCAGGAAAGCUUCCCUGUGAAGGACAAUCAAGGAAAUGACAUGCAUCUUGGAAUCUUCUGUAUGGGGAUUUUUGUAAAGAAUCGAAUGGGAAGGCCCACAGUGAUCUACAGGUGGAAUGAUAUUGGAAAUAUAACGCACAACAAGUCUACGAUUGCUGUGGAACUGCUCAACAAGGAUGAAACAGUGCUCUUUCAUACGGAUGACCUUGAAAAUGCCAAGUAUAUUUCACGGCUGUUUGCUGCAAAGCACAAGUUUUACAAGCAAAACAAAAUAUGCACAGAACAAUCAAAUUCCCCUCCUCCUAUCAGACGGCGACCCACUUGGAGUAAAUCAUCCUUGCCAAGGCAGCAUCCAUUUAUUAUGCCUCCUAUGCACAUCCAGUGUGGAGAACACUACACUGAAACUCACAAUUCACAAGACAGCAUUUUUCAUGGAAAUGAAGAAAUGUUUUACUGUCGAUCUCAGACUAGCUUGGACAGAUGUGCAAUGGACUUCAGCUACUUGAAUGGCAAUGUCCCAAAUGGCAGUGUGUGCAGUGCUCAGAGUAUGAACUCUCUCAACCGCUCACAAAACUUUAUUCAAGCUUCUCCAGUGUCUUCCAACCUCAGCAUCCCUGGAAGUGACAUUAUGAGAGCGGACUACAUCCCAAGCCAUAGACAUAGUGCAAUCAUUGUCCCUUCCUACAGACCAACCCCAGACUAUGAAACUGUAAUGAGGCAAAUGAAGAGAGGGGUUAUUCACAUGGACAGCCAAAGCCAAUCUUUAAGAAAUCUCAAUAUUGGGAAUACUCAUGCUUACAACCAACCCAAAGACCUUGUAUACAGCCAACCAGAGAUCCGGGAGAGACCUCCUUAUGCCAUUACCUAUGGGCCCCAGGGCACUUACAAAAAACACAUUGCUCCAUCUGAGAAAGUGAAUCCCAUCAGUGCAGCACAGGCAAAAACAGCUGCUACUGCCAUUUCCCAUACUGUGAGCACGCCAGAGCUAGCCAACAUGCAGCUCCCCAACAAUCAGAGAUGUGGCACAGUGCACAUUCUAAAGAACUGUCUUUUCAGGCCACCACCACCCUAUCCACGUCCACGCCCUGCUACCAGCACACCUGACUUAGCAAGUCACCGCCACAAGUAUGUCAGUGGUAGCAGCCCUGACCUGGUCACUCGUAAGGUCCAGCUCUCAGUGAAGACCUUUCAGGAGGAUAGCUCUCCAGUUGUCCACCAGUCUCUCCAGGAAGUUAGCGAGCCUCUCAUCGUGGCCAAGCAUCAUGCAGGUGUUAACAAGCGCCACAGUUUGGAGGUGAUAAGUAACAUGGUUCGUGGUAUGGAAGCCAUGGCUUUAAAGAGUCUGAAUGCUCCCUUACCACGCAGGAAUACCUUGCGUGAGCAGGUGCAGCCAGAGGAGGUGGUGCAACGGGGUCAUGAGGUCCAGCAGCUUCCCCGCUACCAUCACAAGAAGACCUUCUCAGAUGCCACCAUGCUGAUUCACAGCAGUGAGAGCGAAGAGGAAGAAGAAGCUGCAGAAUCUGUGUCUUCUAUGGCAGCACUUCAUGAAAACAUGGAAUAUAGCACUCAGCUCCAAGCUGCUUUGGCAAGAAUACCAAAUAAACCUCCUCCCGAGUAUCCUGGCCCAAGGAAGAGUGUGAGCAACGGAGCUCUGCGGAAUGAACCAAUCAACAUUUCACUGGCUGUGUCUCGAGGCAGGCCUGUGAGGCCAGGGCCUGCAAAAGCCCUUAGCAUAUCUCGAACUGAUCAAACCUCUAUCAAUGGUUCUUUGCUUGGGCCAUCAAUCUCUGAGCCAGAUCUUACAAGUGUAAAGGAAAGAGUCAAGAAAGAGCCAGUGAAGGAGAGGCCUGUAUCUGAAAUGUUUUCUAUUGAAGAUAGUAUCAUAGAAAGGGAGAUGAGGUAUCUAGAGAAACAGAAGAUGGCAGGCCUGGAGGCCCAGAAGAGGCCCUUGAUGUUGGCAGCUCUCAAUGGUCUCUCAGUUGCUCGUGUUCCAGUGCCUGAGGAUAGCCAGGAUGAAGGCGCCAAGGUGCCAAUGGAUGAGCGGUGUAAACUUCUGAGACGGAAACUGGAAGAGGGGAUGGUAUUCACUGAAUACGAACAGAUUCUAAAGAAGAAGGCAGAUGGGAUAUUUACCACAGCAUUGCUCCCUGAGAACAUAGAGCGUAACCGUGUCAGAGAAGUAAUUCCAUAUGAGGAAAACCGAGUGGAGCUAGUGCCAACCAAAGAAAACAAUACAGGCUACAUCAAUGCCUCACACAUAAAGGUUGUAGUAGGUGGGGAUGAAUGGCAUUACAUUGCUACACAAGGACCUUUGCCACAAACGUGCCAUGACUUUUGGCAAAUGGUGUGGGAAGAAGGGGUGAAUGUAAUAGCCAUGGUGACAGCUGAGGAGGAAAGAGGAAGAAGCAAGAGCCAUCGUUACUGGCCCAAACUUGGCUCCAAACACAGCUCAGCUACUUAUGGGAAGUUUAAAGUUACCACCAAAUUCCGCACUGAUUCUGGUUGCUAUGCCACUACGGGUCUGAAGGUGAAGCACCUUUUGUUAGGACAAGAAAAAACAGUGUGGCAUUUGCAAUAUACUGACUGGCCAGAUCAUGGUUGUCCAGAAGAACAAGGCUUUCUGUCCUAUUUGGAAGAAAUCCAGUCUGUGCGGCGCCAUACCAACAGCGUUCUGGACAGUAGUAACAACUGCAACCCUCCAAUUGUAGUGCACUGCAGUGCAGGUGUGGGAAGGACAGGUGUGGUUAUUUUGACAGAACUCAUGAUUGGCUGCCUGGAGCACAAUGAAAAAGUUGAUGUUCCAGUGAUGCUGCAGCAUCUCAGAGAGCAAAGGAUGUUUAUGAUCCAGACCAUCGCUCAAUACAAAUUUGUUUAUCAAGUUCUCAUCCUGUUCCUUCAAAAUUCCAGACUCAUAUAACAACCUCAGAAGAGGUCCUACAGUUAUAAAGCCCUCUGAUUCUGGCGAAGAAUCUCUCUCUCUCUCUUUUUGCCAUGUCUGUUUUUUUACAGAAUUUUACGGCACAUGAUCAACUUUGCCUCAACAGUAAGGAGACUUUGUUCUUCCCACAUAUUAUUUUAUACAAAAUAAUUUAUUAUUAUUAUUUUCCUGAAAAUGAUGUGUGAAUUUCCUUAAUUUGUGAAAUGUGAUGAUUUUUGUAAUAAUGGAACCACAUUUGACAUGACAUCUUCACUGCAACCUGACUUUAAAAGGGGGAGAUAUUUCCAUCCAGUGAUGUUCUCUUGUUCUUUGCAUUGCUGUGUGAUAUGUUUAGCAGUUUGCAUAUUUUUAUUUUUUGGCAGCAUAAUAUUUUACAACCCUUAUUUUAGGACCAUGUAAAUAAAUACUCUACUAAAAGAGGCACUUGUCCAAAUUUUAAAAGUGAAAACAUUUCUAUAAUAUUAUUAAGAGGGAACAAACUGUUGUCCUGUGUCAGUUUUCUGCAACUUGAUGCUGUCCAGAUGUGUUGGACUUCAGUCCCAUCUUCCCCAAUCAAUUGGGAGGGGGGGGGCAUCAGGUUGUGGAAGGCUUCUGUAUGGGAUGUACAUGUUGAAUUACACAGAAGAAGCAAGACUUCAAAUAUAAUGUCAAGGUCUUCACUGUUGGGCAAGAAUUAUCAUAAGACUCAAGUUAUGGCUAGAAUGCAUCUAGGUAUGUAGCUACAAAAUAACUAAGUUUGCAUCUAGGUAUGUAGCUACAAAAUAACUAAGUUGCUGUAUUAGGAUCCCUUCCAAAUGCUUCCCCUGAAAAAUCAAAAAUCUCUUGUCCCACCCGUGAGGCUGAAUGGUAACUCUAGAAGAGGUUUUCAUAUGGUUUAGGAAAGGGGUCAGUGUAAAUCCAAGGUCCCUAAUAUGAAAUAUCUGGAAUUGGAGGAAGCUUUCAAACCAAGCUGUUGUUUUGAUUAGGUGUUUCUUGGGAAACAAGCCAUUGCAGUGUUCUUCUGUGGCAAUCUAUUAAUGUGAAAGUGGCAGCUUCCGCUCAUUUCAUUAAGGUUUGGGCAGCAGAACCCUCAACCUCCACGACAUAGCAGAUUGUGCCCUAAGUAUUUCCAAGCUCUGCUCUGCUAUCUAGUCUGAUGCUUAAAAUUUAUUAUUAUCAUAUACACAUAAGAAGCUCUGAUACAUUGAGUUGCCCUGUUGAUCCAUCUACUCCACUAUUAUCUGUUCUGGUGAAUAACUUUCCAAGGCCUCACUACCUGAGAUUGUUUUAACUCAAAUUCCUGUUUACUGACAGUGGCAGACAUGGGCUCUGUCCAUGAGCUGUCUACAAAUUCUCCUUAUGGGGACAUAUUCAUAUUGAUCUGUUGUUGCUCUUUGUCUCGUUUGUGCAUUUUGUUUCUGUUUUUCAUUGUCAUUCCAAGCAAUAGUGGUUAAGCUGACUAUGCUUAGGAUGGGAUGCAGAUAGGUUGAAGUUGAGCCACUUUCAAGUUAUCUGCCUACCGAAAAAGAAACAUGAAUCCCAUUAGGAAAAUAACUCCAAUCUGAUCAGUCAUUGGGUUAGCCGGUAAUUGAUUAAUCUCUUGAUUAGACAAGCAUAUGGAUAAAAGUCUUCAUAAAAACAUAAAAAAGAACCCUGCUGGAUUAGUUCAAAUGCUAUCUAGUAUAGCAUUCUGUUCAUACAGGUACCAACCACAAACAGGACAUGAGUGUGAUCACCCUCUCCUGCUUGUGUUUUCCAGCAACUGAUACACAGAGGCAUUCUGCCUUUGGUACUGAAAAGAAGGUAUCUAUUAUGAUGAAUAGAUACCAAUAGCCCCAUCCUCUCAUGAAUCUAAUCUUUUAAAUUGUUUGCCUUGGUGGUCAUUGCUAGAUCUUGUGGUAUCAAAGCCACAGUUUCAAAUCUGUGCUGAGUAAAGUCAUCUGAGGAAGUAGAUCACAUUUACUAAAGCUUAUACUACAGCGUCCUUUGCUCAGUUAGUCUCAAAGCUUCUACAGGAUUGCAUACUUACAUUCCAGACUAAUACAGCCCUCCACAUUUAAAUAUUUGACUUUUGAGGGCUCACCGCACUUCCAUUUGUUUGUCCUGAAUGUUACAUCAUUCACCUUCAGUGGAUGACCUCAAGUUAGUGAGAGUUGGAGAAAAUAAUCUCCCCUCCCAUUUCCUCUGCACCAUCCAUAGGUUUACUCAUUGCCAUUAUGUCUCCCUUUACACACAGUUAACAGCCCUAGUGCUAUAUACUUUCCUCACCAGAGGUUGCUUGAGUCAUUUGUUGGUUUUGGUUUCCCCUUAAUGUAUUUCCUGUGUUCAUAAGGCCCACAAGGCCCAUUCUUUCCCUCAUGGAAAGUAAGUGGAAAUGUUGUAGUUUUCUCAAGUACAUCUGGCCAAAGUGUGAACAGAAUGCUGGACUAGAUUGCAAUUUUAAUAAGAAUAAAUCUAAUCCAACAGGACUCUUCUUGUAUUCUUGAGAACAUGUGUGUUUUUAGAAAUGUGUGUGUAUGCACAUAUUGUGUAUACACAGAUCAAAUAAAUUGUUACUAGUUUAAUUUGAGGUAGCUUUUUUAAUCCAUUAAGGCUAAAGUCCCAUGGAAACUUUCCUGGAUAUAAGACUACAAUCACAUCUGUGUAAUCAUCAUUGAACAGAAUGGAGCUUACUUCUGAGUAAACCUGCAUAUGAUUGCAUCAUAAAAAUAUUUUCAUCUGUUAAUCUAGCUGGUGAAUCAAUUGAACUUUUUACCCCAAAUAAAAUGCAGACAGACCUUCUACAGGAAAAGAGUUCAAGCCAGCCCAAAUGAUUGGGGAAAAUAAAAUAAAGCGAAAAAUCUCUUGCUGAUGCUCCUUUAGAGAUGCUGUUGAUGCUUUAGUUAACUCCACUUUUCAGUCCAGCGUCUCCUUGUCGAUGCCAACAUAUCUCUUGUUAAAUUAGCUGCAACCAUUUAAAGUCUUUUAGUGGCAUCUGCGUGAUAAUUGCACAGAGACGCUUUGUAUCUGGGAAGCCAGCCAAGGAAUAAAACCUUGAAGCAAAGUGUAUUAAAUUAGUGAUCUCAUUAUAGCUUUUUGAAUAAUUUCCUAAUGAUGAAUUAAGUUUGAACCCAGAACUGUCAAGUCCCAUUGCUCUGUUUGGCCUGACAGGUAGGGAGUAAGAUAGGGGAAAUAAUCCGCUCCAAGGUCUGAUUACUAUGAGAUCUGAGUUGUAAUGGGUAUAUUCUUGGCUUUUCUGGAAGUGCACAAACAAAAAGAACUUAUUUAAUAAGCAGGCAUAAUGGAGGCUGAAAGGGGAAAGUUAGCAAGGUGUUGCCAAGGCUAUUUGUCACUGUGUGUACACAUGCACACAGAAUUAUAGAGGAGAGCCUUCUGCAAUGAAGAACAAUGCCCACAAGCAAGCCAAAUUGUUACUAGCAUAAUCAGCAACCAUUUUCAUGCCAUUCCUAAAAUGGCUGAUGGUGCUGAAAGUGACUUUCCUUCUUUUUAUUAUUGUUAAAAUGCAUGUUACAUGCACUGCAGUUUUCACAGGAGAUUUGAACUUGACAAGCUCUCUUUAACAUCUUACUCCAAAUGAGAGAUCUUUGCAUUUCUUCAAUGAUUCCUCACUGCCCUUAUUUGUAAUGUUAAUGUCAGUGUUACAGUAUUUAUUUUACCAAGCCAUAGUGCCUUUUAGUUAUGCAUCCAAGGCUGGGAAAGAGAGAUUCUGAUCAGGUCUUUCAUUAGUCCCAGAGUAAAUGACAUAGGCGAAUUAUAGGGGGCACAGUUUAGUGGGAUAACACAUGCUUUUUUAUGCAGGAGGUUUAAUCCUUAACAUUGCCAGAUAGAGCUGGGAAAACCCUUGCCUGAAACCCAUGGAGAGCUGCAGUAGCCAGUUUCAACAAUGUUGUGCUAGAUGGUCUGAGCAGUUUCCUGUGUAUCUGUGCCCACUUACCUAAGGAUGAACUAGCUCGAACUCCAUGUUUUAGCACUUCACACAUGAGCAGAAAGGAGUCUACCGAAAGCCUCCAGAUUAUACACUCCCUGCUCCUAUGUCUCCUUCCAGUCCGGGAUUAUUUUGUUGACUUGUCUAGUGUUCUCAAGUCUCAUCUAAUUUGGAGUUUAAUAUAAAUUGUUAUUAACCGGGGAUUUGUGUAUAAAAAAGUAAGCAAGUAAUGUUUACAUUUCCUUACCUAUAUUA